AUGGAGAUAAACCUCGCUUAUGUUGUGCCUGUGGUGGCUGCUCUGUUUGGCGUGUACUUUUUCGUUACCCGAAAAAAGGACUACUUUCACCAGAAACCGAUUCCAUCGUUGGGCUUUAGCCUUCCGCUGGGCAAUACGGCUCCUCUCUAUCUUCGCCAGGCUUCAUUUGGAGGCUUCGUGCAAUCAAUCUACAAUCAAUUCAAAGGUGUCAAGGUAUUUGGAAUGUUUGAUCUCAUCGACCCGGUCUACGUCUUGCGCGAUCCGGAACUGAUCAAACAAGUGGGAGUGAAAGAUUUCGAUCACUUCACGGACCGUGUUCCGAUAUUCGGCAGUACGGCAUACGAUCAUCCGAAUCUGAUCGUAGGCAAAUCGUUGUUCACACUUACUGGCCAAAAGUGGAAGAAUAUGCGUUCCACACUGAGUCCAGCCUUUACCGGGAGCAAAAUGCGGCAAAUGUUCAAUCUCGUGGUGGAAUGUAGCGAAAAUACGGCGCAAUAUUUUCUGAAGGAGGCACACUCUAAAGUCGCCGGUUUGGAGUACGAAAUGAAGAAUGUGUUUACGCGAUUCGCAAAUGAUGUCAUUGCGUCGUGCGCUUUCGGAAUUAAGGUGGAUUCGUUGGAAAAUCAAAGCAACGAUUUUUAUGUGAACGGAAAGAAGAUGGUAGACUUCAAUCGGAUCAGUAUAAUGGUUAGGUUAAUUGGGCACCGACUUAUGCCAGGUGUUAUGGGACGACUGGGGAUCGAUUUGAUUGAUGAAGAGCAGAAUCGAUAUUUUUCUUCUUUGAUUCUAUCGGCUAUAAAAGAACGCGAAGCAAAAGGAAUCGUUCGGCAGGAUAUGGUGAAUCUUCUGAUUCAAGCGAAAAAGGGAAUUUUAAAGCAUCAUCAGGAAAAAGAACAGCACGAAGGUUUUGCCACUGUGGAAGAGUCGAAUCUGGGCAAAGCUCAAAGCAUGGCUAACCUAACGGAUACGGAACUUGUUGCCCAAUGUAUGGUCUUUUUCCUAGCAGGAUUUGAUACGGUCUCGACGUGCUUGCUGUUCACUGCUUACGAAUUAACAAUCAAUCCAGAAGUACAGAAAAAACUCUACGCAGAGAUCGUGGAAACGCACGCCUCCCUCGAGGGUAAGUCCCUAACCUACGACGCAAUGCAAAAGAUGAAAUAUAUGGACAUGGUAAUAUCGGAAGCACUUCGUAAGUGGCCACCAGUUCCGCAACUGGACCGAAUCUGUCUGAAAGAUUACCUUCUGCAAUGUGGCGACGAUUUAAAGUUUACCAUCGAAAAAGGUUCAAUAGUGUGGUUCCCCGUCGAAGGGUUGCAUCGUGAUCCGAAGUACUAUCCAAAUCCGGACAAGUUCGACCCGGAGCGAUUCAGCGACGAGCGAAAGGGCGCGAUAAAUGCCGGAGCAUAUAUACCGUUCGGGAUUGGACCAAGAAACUGUAUCGGGUCCCGGCUUGCACUAGCCGAGGUGAAAACGAUUCUUUACUACAUGCUGCUAAGCUUUUCGUUUGAAAAAACUAGCAAAACUCAGGAUCCGCUAGUUAUUGCGAAAGGAUUCGGUGAAGUCAUUCCGAGAGGGGGAGUGCAUUUGGAGUUCAGACCUAGAGGUUGAAAAUGAUCAAAAGCUGAUAU